AUGAGGACUGAUGUGGCACGGCUCAGGUGUGGGAAGACAAUUCCAUUGCUUGGAAUGGGCACUUAUUGUCCUCAAAAAGAUCGAGAGAGCACCAUCUCAGCCGUCCAUCAAGCCAUCAAGAUAGGGUAUAGACAUUUCGACACAGCAAAGAUAUAUGGAUCAGAAGAAGCUCUUGGAACUGCAUUAGGUCAAGCUAUCUCUUAUGGAACUGUCCAGAGAGAAGAUAUUUUUGUGACUUCAAAGUUAUGGUCUAGUGAUCACCAUGACCCUAUCUCUGCUCUCACACAAACUCUCAAGACAAUGGGGCUAGAGUAUCUAGAUAACUAUUUGGUGCAUUGGCCAAUAAAGCUAAAGCCUGGAGUGAGUGACCCAAUCCCAAAGGAAGAAGAGUUUGAAAAAGAUGUGGGAAUUGAAGAAACUUGGCAAGGCAUGGAGAGAUGCUUAGAGAUGGGUUUGUGUAGAUCUAUUGGUGUUAGCAACUUCUCUUCUAAAAAGAUCUAUGAUCUCCUCGAUUUCGCUUCUGUCUAUCCUUCUGUUAACCAGGUGGAGAUGCAUCCAUUGUGGAGACAAAGCAAACUAAGGAAAGUGUGUGAAGAGAACAAGAUCCAUGUAAGUGGAUAUUCACCACUUGGUGGUCCAGGGAAUUGUUGGGGAUCAACGGCUGUGAUUGAACACCCUGUCAUUAAAUCUAUUGCUCUCAAGCAUAAUGCCACUCCAGCUCAGACUCAACACUCAAACACAGAGAAACAGAUUGAGCCUGACGAGAAGAAAAAGAAAAGAGAGAUGAGGACUGAUGUGGCACGGCUCAGGUGUGGGAAGACGAUUCCAUUGCUUGGAAUGGGCACUUAUUGUCCUCAAAAAGAUCGAGAGAGCACCAUCUCAGCCGUCCAUCAAGCCAUCAAGAUAGGGUAUAGACAUUUCGACACAGCAAAGAUAUAUGGAUCAGAAGAAGCUCUUGGGACUGCAUUAGGUCAAGCUAUCUCCUAUGGAACUGUCCAGAGAGAAGAUAUCUUUGUGACUUCAAAGUUAUGGUCUAGUGAUCACCAUGACCCUAUCUCUGCUCUCACACAAACUCUCAAGACAAUGGGGCUAGAGUAUCUAGAUAACUAUUUGGUGCAUUGGCCAAUAAAGCUAAAGCCUGGAGUGAGUGACCCAAUCCCAAAGGAAGAAGAGUUUGAAAAAGAUGUGGGAAUUGAAGAAACUUGGCAAGGCAUGGAGAGAUGCUUGGAGAUGGGUUUGUGUAGAUCUAUUGGUGUUAGCAACUUCUCUUCUAAAAAGAUCUAUGAUCUCCUCGAUUUCGCUUCUGUCUAUCCUUCUGUUAACCAGGUGGAGAUGCAUCCAUUGUGGAGACAAAGCAAGCUAAGGAAAGUGUGUGAAGAGAACAAGAUCCAUGUAAGUGGAUAUUCACCACUUGGUGGUCCAGGGAAUUGUUGGGGAUCAACGGCUGUGAUUGAACACCCUGUCAUUAAAUCUAUUGCUCUCAAGCAUAAUGCCACUCCAGCUCAGGUGGCUCUAAGGUGGGGAAUGUCAAAAGGGGCAAGUGUGAUAGUGAAAAGUUUCAAUGGGGAAAGAAUGAGAGAAAACAAGAGAGCCUUAGAUAUUAAAUUGGAUGACCAAGACUUAUCAUUCAUUGACCAAUUGGAGGAGUGGAAGAUCAUGAGAGGAGAUUUUCUUGUUAAUCAAACCACAAGCCCUUACAAAUCCAUCCAACAACUUUGGGAUGAUGAGAUAUAACUGAUUAGAGCUUCACAUAAUUCCAUCCAAAAUGUAAUUUCAUCUUCACAUAAUGUUGCUUAUGAUCAUAAUUUCUCUUGGUAUAUAUAGUCAUACAACAUGAAAGUACAAGUUCUUGGUUAAUUUGAUAUAGUCC